AUGGCAUAUAGGAGUGGUCGUGGCGGAAGCGGCUGUUACAAAUGCGGUGAAAGUGAUCACUUUGCUCGUGAUUGUUCUCAGUCCAACGAUGUCUGUUAUAAUUGCGGCAAAGAAGGCCACAUUAGUCGUGAAUGUGGUGAACGUAAAGAAAAGUCAUGUUAUACAUGUGGUAAAACUGGACACUUGUCUCACGAAUGUUCAUCUGGGUCUGGAUCUGGAUCCGAAUGUUACAAGUGUGGCAAAGUGGGGCAUAUGGCUAAAAAUUGUGACGCAUCUCAAGAUGAUGAUAACUAUAAUUCCGGAUACAGAUCUAAAGGGUGUUAUAAGUGCGGAGAGUCUGGUCAUAUAUCGCGUAAUUGCCCUGAUAAUGGAAAUGGUGUUUUAAGUGUGGAAAAGCCGGACAUUUUGCCAAAGAUUGCGAUGACAACAAUGAAAAUGAUUACGGUUCAUCGCGAAGUAACAACUCUGGUACCGAAUGUUAUAAGGCAUUGUGGAAAGAUCGGGCAUAUUUCUCGUAAUUGUCGAACAGGCGGCGGAAAAGGGUAUUACAAUAAUUAUAAUUCCGGUGGUGGUGGUAAUAGCAAGACAUGCUUUAGCUGUGGUGAAUAUGGUCAUUAUCAACGAGAUUGCGAUAAGGAACAAAAAUGUUAUAACUGUGGACGUUCUGGUCACCAAAGCAGAGAUUGUGAUUAUCCGCGAGGUUCUAAAGUCUGCUAUAAAUGUCAAAAGGAAGGGCACAUUCAAAAGGAUUGCCCCCUGUCCGACUACGACGCGUAA